UCAUUAUAAUACAGUGAAAAUUCCAAAAAUAACAUUAAAAGAAUCAAUAAAAUCAAGUCAUAGCAUACCGUGGCCCCAGCGCUCAGUCGUCUGGGCUGCGUAGCGGUGACCGGUCGUCAUGCGCUACGCUGUAGCUCGCGUAGCCGUGUUCGUAGCCGCUACGAUAUAUUGAAAAUGUUACGUGUGAACUAAAUACAAGUGUGUAUUUAAAAAUGUGGAACAUUUGUGUGUUAUUGUGCUUGGUGGCGGUGGUCGUAGCGAAUCCGGCCAAAAUGGAUUCCAAACGGGACCAUUGCAACAAGACAGUGGAGAUCUACGAAGACGUGUCAUCCCCACCAGUCACGCCUGAGAAUUUCGGCCGCCCGCUCACUUGCACAUAUAGGUUUAGAGCGUUUCGAGGGUCGCCAAAAGACUGGAUUCUCAGGAUACGGUUCAAAAAGUUCAAAGUUGGCACACUGAUCAACGGUACGACGUGCCAUAAAGGAUACAUGCAGAUCGUCGACGGCAACGCAAAGACCGACGUGUCCAACCGCAAGGAGCCCGGUCUCUUCUGUGGCGAGAUCGAACAGCCCCAGACCUUCAUAUCGGAGACCAACUUCGUGAAGAUCGUCUUCCAUGCAGACAACUUCACCGAUCAGACCUACUUCAGUUUCGAUUCAAGAGCGGAACAGCAGUUCGAGGUGUACCUUCGAUAUGGUCAGCAUCCGGAGCUCUAUCCAAACAGGAGAGGAGAAGUGGUGGCGGGGUCAUACUGCGAGCGAGUGUUCAGAGACUGCAGGCUGCAGACGUGCUACGUGCAGUCUGCAGCUUAUCCAGGAGUGUACCCCAGGAACUUACAUUGCAGAUACCACCUGAAUACUCGGCUGCCUUAUAUAAAGCUGUACAUCGAGAAUGAGGAGUUUAACAUCGACGGGCAGCGGUGCGAGAAUAUCAUGACUUGUCCAAUGAGGCCUAUUACUUCGGGAGCAGAAAACUGUCCGUACGACUACAUAAAGAUAUACGACGGGAAAGACGAGUCCGCCUUCGUGAUCGGGACGUUCUGCGGAAUGGGGAAGUUCCCCUACUCCAUCAUCGGGACUUCGCAGGAUCUCUUCGUGGAGUUCGUCAGUUCACCUGCAGGCCCCCUUCUCAACACCGGCUUCCACUUCAACGUCGGUAACUGGCCAGGACACGUCGAAGGCCCGGGGUCCAAGGUCGGCAAAUGCGACUGGCUCCUAACAGCCGAGUCCCUGAAGAAAUCAGGGGACACGGAGGGUAUCUUCCUCUCUGUGGCCCAUUGGUAUCCUCCACACACGUCGUGCACGUAUCUGAUGCAGGGAUUGCCUGGACAAGUUGUGAGGCUGUAUUUUCCAAGCUUCCGAAUUAACAGGAUAGAGUCCCCAAUAGUGCCAUGGACUGGUGACUGCGGAGAAUCCCUUACGCUAUACGACGCCCCUAGACCUGACGAUGCCAGGAUCAUUAAGACGUUCUGCGACACCUUCAGUAGACCCAUGGAGAAACACGACUUUGUGUCCACCGGGAAUGCCAUGUUUGUCAGAUUUGAGAGCAAGACUGGAAGCUACAGCGGAUCUUCAUUAUAUUACUGGGCUCAUUACGACUUCUUCAACAACACUCGCUUCGGCGAGCCCGUACAAGGCACCGCAUGCGAUGAAGUCAUAGCGUCGUGGAAGCAAAGAGCUGGUCGACUCCGGUCGCCUCUUAACACGCUGGUGUACAAGCAAGCACCGCCGGGAGAGGACGUCCAUUGCUUGUACAGAUUCGUCACUGACAAGAGAAUCUACGCGAGGGUCAUAUUGACGAUCCUGAGCAUCAAUUUCAAGGAACAUCCAUAUACUCCAGUAUCCUGUCAAAACUGCUACGAAGACCGCGCGGACAAAUUAAUAGUCUGGGAACCAACUGCCGGUGGAAGAAGCUUCAAUGCUUCCUUGGGAGUUAGCACGACGCCUUUACCUCUACAUCUUGCAGUUCAAAGAUCACUCGGAUCAUGUCUUUGCGCCAAGCAUUCCAAUACGGUAUCACGUGCCAGACCUUAUAGAGUGGUUUCAUCAGGAGAGUCAUUGAAUCUGCAACUGAUUGUAGAUAACGCUCAUGCUGCUGCGUCUUACUUCAAAAAUCCAUCUCCACUCUUUGAAGCACGAUAUGAAUUCGUUCAUGGACCCCUGUGCGGACCAGCAGUCCUCGCGGCUGCUUCUGACGGAGAAAUUGUCUAUCCCCAUUUAGAAGCUUUAGGUUACACAGAGCCGCCGAAACGAAUUCAAUGUAUUUGGGAUUUAGAAAUUGAAGAGAAACGAGAUAUUUGGCUUCAUUUUGAUAGCAUCAAGUUUGCGUCACGCCAUUGUGAUGAAGGGAAUAUUCAGAUAUACCUCCCUGGCAGAGUGGAGCCUUAUCUGUCGGUUUGUGGUGAAAAUGUAUCGUUGGCUCGAGAACUGCCCAUAUUGUCAGCGGGUGAGCUUGGAUUUGAGUCGUUAGAUGACCCUCUAGUUAUUGAAAAGGAAAAGACGAGAUCUAUCAGAAUAGUUUUCAUCGGCAGCGCGUCUCCCGCUCGAGCUAAUUUCAAAAUCGCUUGGACUGGACUGUACCACUUGCCGAAAAACUCUGAUGGCACACUAAUGACAUCUCGUUUGACUGACGGCUCAGGUAUGAAGACAUCAGAUUCAAUGCACGGCUGCGAUUUUAUAUGUCCUGGCGAAGCUUUGUGUAUUCCAGCCAGACUGAUUUGUAAUGCCGUCGUCAAUUGCCCCAACGUGACAAGUACAGAACGAAAGUUCUGGACGGCAGAAGAGAAGGCAGCUAGAGAGGCUUAUUCGGAAGAUAGUUUGCGCCGUUUAGGUUACUUAGAUUUGUUGAAUGGCAUGCCUUUAGGGCAGUUGCAUGAUGAGGCGCCUGAGUUGUGUGCGGGGGCGAGGAGUGCUGGUGGAGGGGAUUGGAUGGCGCCAGCUUUAGGCGCGGGGCUGGCGAUUGCUCUAGGUGUGUUGGCGUUGGGUGCUGCUUGGCGUCUUUGCUGCCGCAAGCGCUCGCCUGACGAAGAGUCCCUGGAUUACUGACAUGGGGCCCGCGGCGCGCCGCACGCGCCGCGCUCCCUCCACUCCCGCUCCACCUCCCGAGACUUCCCUCAGGACUGGAGCCUACAUUGACAGACGCUGUACUGAGCCCCGGAGCCCUCCUUUGUUGAUUAUUGAACAAUCGCGAGUAACGAUCGCGGCAUCGCGUGACUGCCGCGUGAGGUUGAAGUGUAUAUUGUGUUGUAAAUCAGUGGGGUUUGCUGCAGUGCACUUUCAAUUUAAUAUUAUCUACAGCCAUCUAUGCUUUACGUGCUGGUGAAGUCAUAAAGUCACAAGUACAUUUCAAGUUCUUAUACUUGUGACUUUUUAAUUUAGCACAUCAAGGUUGGUCAUUUAUGGCUCUACACGAUGGGCCAGCGCCGGCCACUCCAAGGGACGCAGCCAUGCGGUAGAAUGAGGUAGCAAUAUCACUUGCUCGUAACGCAUAAAUGCGUCCCUUGGAGUGGCCUGCGCUGGCCCAUCGUGUAGAGGAGCCAUUAUGCCCGUUCUUUGUUGACUUUUAAGGAGGGUCUGUUUUUAGGAGCUCAAAGUAUAGGUAUUGUAAUUAGUGUAUAUAACCCAUUAUUAAUCGUAAAAUGCUUGACAAAUCAUAGGUUAGGACCGUGAUAGUAGCCAAGCAGUUAAUAUAAUUAGAUAAGCAAGCUGUCUCACUUUUUCAUUGUAUUCGAUAUCAUCAAGAGGUCAUUGACAUUAGGGUAAAUUAAACAGUAAUGGAAUUAUAAAGCUUAUUAUUGUUGCAUAUAAAUGAGUUUAGUUUGUAUGACUAGGUUCCCGGUUGUGUCGUAUUUACUCGUACCCUAAAUUAUCCGAUUUGUGUAAGGGUAAUGUUUUUAAAUUGUAAAUUUGGCCUGUGAUGUCGAUAUACAAAUCUUCCUGAAUCCAUACUUAUUGCGGACCUGACACUAUCAAUAAGAAUUACAAUAAUAUUGACAAUUUUGUCCCUUUCCAAUUUUCAUAAUUAGGUAUUUAAUUUCAUCCCAAACGCUAAAAAAGAGAAAUGUCAUUCUGACCUGAUUUGGUCUGGUCCGAAAAAAAAUGGCAAGAUUUGGUUCAAGGAAUACACUUACAUAUAAAUCGACAUAAAAGAUUAAUUUAUUUGAUUAAUUAAGAAGUUUAGCAUCCUUAAUAAUCAGAAAAAAAUAAUUCAAGUCAAAAUAUUAUUGGCAUUAGAAAUCAUUACAUACUAAGUUACUUAUUUUAUGUAAGGAAAGCGGCCCAAUGCUCGGCAUGCUAAUGCACAUUAGUUGUCAACUCUAAUGCUAUGACGUAAGUUUAAAGAUGACAUGAUCCGGGAUAGUGACCCGUACUGGGACGUAUACCUUACCUAAUGAUAUUUAUUUUCUUCUUCGUGAUAUUAUUUAGAAAUUUUAUUACAAAUGAAUAAUUCUAAACCACUGAUUUAGUUUUUAUUUUAGACGUUCAAACUAAUAGUUUGCUAUUUUAUUUUCUUAUUACACUAACAUUGGGUUAAUCGUUAUUGUAAAUAACUUAGGUAAGAUCGUUACUAGAUAUUAGAAUUUUUGUAAAAUUUUAGCAAUUCCCUUAAACUCAAAUUCAAAGGAAUUACUAAAAUGUUAAGUAAGCUCAAUAACGAAUGAUAUUUAAAAUAAUUUAGUUAUUUUAUUGCACUUAGACUUAUUUAAACUAUCACUGCCUUUAAAAUAGUAUUGGAAAGCCACGUUACCGAUAAGAACUUUGUAAAUUUUUACUAACCGCAAUGUGGGGAAGACCGACAUACAAAUUGUUUAGUUGGAAAGACCGUCAUAGGACAAGAGCUCUCGUAUUUGAAUACGUACUUCACUCAGCAACUCGACUGGACAAUUCCAUUGCGCAUCGUGUGACCGCAUCUUCAAGACAAAGUUUGGUUUUGCGAGCCACAUAAGGGCAUUUCAUAAUCCGGAUAAGAAUUGUUGAUGGAGUCGCCAUUGCCGGAUACGGCAAGGAAGAAGAGAGAGAAUACUUCACUCAGACACAGUCAGAAAGGAAGAACUUCCUUCCUUCUGCUCAACCGACCUUCCGUAAGUGGAGUACAGAUGUAGUGCAAUAUUUUCCAUCGUAUUUUAACGGAAACGUAAGAACGUGUCUUGCUAUUUCAGUCCGGUACAAAAAAUACUGAGGUUGACUGAAGUAGCAUGACAAAUACGAACGUUUUCGAGAAAAUACGACGGAAAAACAUAUGCACUACAUCUGUAUGUGUAAAAACGCAAGAGUCAGAAGCGACGAAAGAGCUUAUAGACGGUCUUCUCCACAUUGACCUUAUGGUCUGAUUAAAUUAUUAUUAUUAUUUUUAAUAUUUCCUUACCAUAGUAUCCGAAUUUCAAUUAAAAGCAAUUAUUCAUACUAUUAAAAUAAAACACCUACUUAAAGCAAUGGUUUUAAGAAGUUUAGAUAAGAUAGAUUUUAUAUCGAAUUCGAAUGAAUGAAAAUCUAAAUCUUUCGAUCUAUUCGACAUUUGAUUUCAUUCAAAUUUAGAAUGGCCUUUAAUACGGUGAUAAAACAUUUUUAGGAGUGUGGCAAAAAAUAGGAAUAUUUUUGUUAAGUACGUCUGUUGCACGUCAUUGGCAAAAUGUCGUCAAAACUAUUCAAACUAAAAUCAUUUCACGCCACGAUUGUUAAAAUUGUCAACGAUUUGCACAGUAAAAAAUCUUUGUCAACUAAUUUUUGGACAAUUACAAUAUAUUCGUUGCUGAAUCUCAUUUCACAAAUUCGUUGGAAAACGCGAUCAAUUUGAAAGUUCAUAAUUCGAACAACACGACAUUGCUCCCCGCGGGCAACGUUCGUUGCAUUACAAAUAGGGUUGACAAUAAAUUACACCUCUUCUUUAAUAUUUGUUUAUUAUUUAACUUUACGCCUAAAGUUGUGGUUCAAUUUCACAUCUCUUUUCCGUGGCGAAUACAACAAAAACAAUCCGGUUACAUAAUAGUACCUUAUUAAUAUACUGGUACCUAUAUCGCGUAUUUUGUUCAUUGAAGUUUACAGAAAAAAAAUAUCCCGUCAAGGAGCGGAGUAAAGUCUAAAAAUAUCGAUAUUGGCACAGUGCCAAAAAUAUGUACACGACUUUUGUCCGUAUAUUAAGGGUACCUCGUCCGUAUUUGGAGCAUUCCAUGAAAUUGUCUACCGCUUGUCCCGUACAAACGCGAAUUUUCUGAAGAUUUGCAGGUAUAAGAGUUUCCUUUUCUGUGACAAAUGGUCAAAAAUAUGCACAGAAAAAUAAUCGCCUGCUUUAAAUGCCAAGAAAAAAGUCGCAACACACGAAAUUAUAUGCGUUUGUACGGGACAGCCCGUGGAAUGCUCCAUUUUCAGACGUGACUGUACGGGGUACACUUUGGUUCAAUCUGUCACUCAUUUUAUAAAGGAAAUUGAUAGAUACAGCGGCGACAUCAACAUCGCGCAGUAACGUCGCAACAGUAAUGCAGCUGCAGUUGCCAUCAGAGCAUCACCUCAAAUGUUUAAUUUGUUUCCUAGUGAAAAAAUAGUUACCUCUCAAUCGCUAUUUUGCUGUCUCUAGUGCAGAAAGUCUACAUGUUUGUGUCAUAUAGACACACCUCUUUACGACGUAAAUAUUCAAAUUUAGAAUCCCAUUCCAACGGCCCCGAGGCAAAUAGGGUCGGCAAAAACUCCUUUAUCGCCCAGAGCGCAGUUCGCUUGCUUUGUUGUUCAAUGCAUUCUCAAAUUAAAUCACAUUGUCUAUUGUGCGGCAAACAAUGUAUUGAAGUAAAUUUUCAAAGAAUCUGUCAUAUUUACAAGUUGCAAAGUCAACUGUGGUACAUUGAGUCAAAGUUCAAAUUUGGAAAUAAUAACGUGCCCGAUGUAAUUUGGUUGUGAGGUUUGAAAUUGAAUGCAUCAAAGAAUUUCAUUUUGCUGAUUCAUUCACAUGCCUAUCUAUUCAGCAUUCAGGUAAGGUAAGAUGGGGUGAGAUAAACAUUGGAGCAAGAAAAACACUUGUGCGGGAUCCUCAUACUUCACUUUACCUUUUUUUUUCUCUUGCCCCCACAAAAAAAAAUGUUUUCUUACCUUGAGUCUUCUAAUAUUAUUUUGAUACUAUCCAUGAAUUUAGUUGGUGAAUAAUAACUAUUUUCCUAGUAUUUCAUUUACAUCUAUUUCGAGUUUGCGUUUGAGUAAAAUUAUAUUAUAAAAAUUGUUCAACCCUAUUAAAAUAUCAUGACCGGCGCUAGUAAAUAAGAAUUAACUCAUAAACGUAAACGACUUGCCGCAUUCGCAAUUUGAAUUUUUAAAUUGCUCCUUAUUGUUUAACAUCAUUUAAAAACGCUCCGUUUAAUGGGAAUGGCUUUAUGCAACAUGCAGUCACGCCAAGCGUCGCAUUUCUUUGCUUUCUUAAGUUCCUGUUCCCGUUUCUCGUUAUUGUGAUUGAGACUUUACUUGGAUACAAUUAAGGUUGCUUAUGGGCUGUCCGGGUUGGUAAAAAAUGUCUAAAGAUUAAGCUGAAAUGUGUAAGACGUAAUCUGCAAAGUCGUAUAUUUUCUUGUAAUUUUUGAGUUAAACUGCGGAAUAAUGGCGUUGAUUUAUGUCGGUUUUGCAAUUAUAAAGAAUAAAAUGAAUUCGGAUACUAUGGAAUCUAUGGUUGAGUCGUACUUCGUUAUUAGUACAUUGUGUCUUAAGCGUGGUAAACAAGAAUUUACGAACGAGUGUGAAUUGAAGUCCGAAGCCGAAGGAGAGGGCUUAAUUAACACGAGUUCGUAAUUCAUGCACCGCCUGUAGCACACACACAAUGUUAAUCAUCACACUUGUGAGGAACAAAAAGAAAAAAAAAGACGACAUUUUGCAUAAUCCUUUGGGUUGACCGCAUUGCCUAGCAAGCAUAUGAAAAACUCUAUUUUCACUGACUAGAAAAUAUGAUAAAAGCCACUCGUUAAAGAUUUUGUGUUUUCUUCUAAAGAUAAAAUUUAUUGUGUAAAAUUAGAUCUGGCUUCUCUACGGAUUUGUUUACCUCUGGUCUGAUGAAGGUUGCGAUAUACCUGUAUGUGAUAUUUUUACGCUCAACGUGCAAAUUCCAAACGUAGAACACGAUACCAAUUUGAUAUUUAUUUGAUAUAAUAUUGCCUUUUAUUCAGUCGCCUAUUUAUCUGAGUUUGUGAACCGUACUUUAAUUAUUUAACUUUGAAAAGGCACAAAGUCUUCGAAUAUGUUUCUUAUUAGUAGACGAACAGUCUUUGAUUAUUGUUAAUUUUUGCAAGGAAAUUGUAAUUUAGUAACCCUUAAGUCAACUAUUGGAAUGUUACAAAUAAAUAUAUUUUCU